GUUGACAUGUGGUUAGGAAGUAAGCGUCUUGCUAUUACUGGGACUUUGUUUUGGUAUACUUAUCUCUCAAAAGAUGCCGAAAAGACCCCGUUCCGAGGAGUAUUCGAGUCCUCUGCAACUCAAGACGCAUGUUGGCGACAAACAGAUGAAUGAGUCGAAGGAAGAAAACAUGAAAGCCGUUUACGAUAAAACCCGUACUUUAUUGUAUAGUGCCAAUGCCAGCAAAACAAGUAAUGGUGUGCCUAAAGUGAAUGGAGACUGCAAUGGUUCUAAUAUUGUGCCUAUUUUACCAAGUGGACAAACAGUUAUUAAUUGUGAAGGGAAAAUUGUACCAGCAACCCAAGCAAAGCCUAGUGAUAUACCAGGUAAUGGCUGCAGACAUUGUAAUAGACAACAGUGUUCAUUGUCACCUUGUCAUUAUUGUGAAAAGACUAUAUGUAAUCGAUGUCAACGUUAUUGUGACAACUGUAUGCAGGCGUACUGUCUAUUUUGUACCAUUAUAAACUAUGAUGAUCAGUAUGAGAAGCGUCUGUGUGUCAACUGUGCAUAGAAGACAAGUAUGUCACCAUGGAUACCAUUGUUUACUUAAUCCAAGAUGACUGGACAUUCUACAUUGUUAUGUUACUGGUAUUGAUGUUUCCAUGACUACAUUGUGUGUUCUCACUCUUAUUAGAUCACAAAAUCAAUGGUUUUGUUGCCAUCAGCAACUAUAUUGGUUCUGAUAAAGGCUGGCUUUUGAAUGAGAGCACACAAAUGAAUUCUGAUCACAGAUUACCUCAUAGCCAGUCACUUUAUGUGAACUUUGCUUUACAACCUAGGAUAAAAUAGUGUGUAUGUUGCAUAUUGUGUAAUAUACAAGUUAUCCAUACUGUGCUUUAUAGGAAUUACCGAACUCGGUGGUAACUACAAUUGACAUAGAGACAGAAAACAAUACAGCACAUGGUGACCAUUUGACAUAGAGACAGAAAACAAUACAGCACAUGGUGACCAUUUGACAUAGAGACAGAAAACAAUACAGCACAUGGUGACCAUUUGACAUAGAGACAGAAAACAAUACAGCACAUGGUGACCAUUUGACAUAGAGACAGAAAACAAUACAGCACAUGGUGACCAUUUGACAUAGAGACAGAAAACAAUACAGCACAUGGUGACCAUUUGACAUAGAGACAGAAAACAAUACAGCACAUGGUGACCAUUUGACAUAGAGACAGAAAACAAUACAGCACAUGGUGACCAUUUGACAUAGAGACAGAAUACAAUACAGCACAUGGUGACCAUUUGACAUAGAGACAGAAAACAAUACAGCACAUGGUGACCAUUUGACAUGGAGACAGAAAACAAUACAGCACAUGGUGACCAUUUGACAUAGAGACAGAAUACAAUACAGCACAAGGUGACCAUUUGACAUAGAGACAGAAAACAAUACAGCACAUGAUGACCAUUACCACUGUACACCAUGUUACAUGAAAUGGUCACAUUGAACCCUCAUCUCUCGCUAUGCAUACAAGAAACAGUCAUACUAUUCUGUCCUCGGUUGUACUUGUACAUAAAUGUAAUACAUACUGCCAGCUAUCUAAUGUGUUAUGCCUUUAUAUAUAUAUAUAUAAACUAUAGUCUGUUGUUAUACACAGAAACUCUAUAUUUUGUAUCAGAAUUUUGUUUUAUUAUAUUUGUAUUUGACAAAUUUUGGGUGGCUUUACUUUGUUGAUAGAGUGAAAAAGUAUAAAUAGCAAAACAUGUAUACCAAUAUGCAACAUUGAUAAUCUACCGAUAACAUUUAUAAUUUAAGUGUACACAAUUCUCGGAUUUGUUGUUUUCUAACAGCACAUGAAAAAACAAAAAUAGUAAAAAAAAUAAAACAAUUUCAUCAAGAGGUUAGUAUGUAGUGUGGUGUAGUGUGGUGUAGUGUAGUGUAGUGUAGUGUAGUGUGGUGUAGUGUAGUGUGGUGUAGUGUAGUGUAGUGUGGUGUAGUGUAGUGUGGUGUGGUGUGGUGUGGUGUGGUGUGGUGUGGUGUGGUGUGGUGUGGUGUGGUGUGGUGUAGUGUGGUGUGGUGUAGUGUGGCGGGAAGAUGGCGGACUGGUUCUGAAAAAGUUAUAUAUACUUAUACACAACACAAACAAUGGUUCCCACAUUCAUUGACAAAGGUAACUGAACAAUCACCAUCUUGUACGGUACCAGGAUUGGAAUUUCAGGCACGUAACAAAAUGUUUGUAACAUUUUACUAUCUGUUCUAAUGUAACCAAUGGUACAAUUUGUCUAUUUGGUCUGCAACAUCCAAGCAGUCUCAGACUGAACAUCGCGUGGUUGUAGCAUUUCUGAUUUGUAUAUUUCACUGUCUUGUACAUAAAACGUACAUUCUGUAUUUUAAUGCAGCUCCAUGUGUUAAAAGAACAAAGAAUAAACUUGAACAACCAAUCA